AUGAAUUGGAGAAAUAGAAGAAUAUUUAAUCACGCAAUCAUGGCUAAUAAUAACAGUAGUACAAGUAAAGGUAGUAGCAGUAGCAUUGGUAGUAGUAUCAGUAAAGGUAAUAGUAGUAGUAGUAUUAAUAGUAAUAGAUUCAGUAUAUUAGAUUUUGAAGAUAAUAAUAAUAAUGAUGACGAUAAUGAUGACAACAAAUUAAGAGGUAAAUCAUACUAUAAAUAUAAACAACAAAACAUCAACUACUACAACACUUCAUAA